AUGACGAAAAUGCAGAUACCAUCAUUAAUCUGGAUGCUGCAGCUCAUGAACGUUUCAAAAGGCCAAAACAGCACAAGUGUGCUGAGAUUUAAACGUAGCGAUCCAGUGGGCAACAGCUGUCAGGCAGGAUGUGCAACAUGCUCGCCUCUGAACGGCUGUCUGUCCUGUAAACCCCGCUUCUUCUUCCACCUGGAACUGGACGGGAUCCAGCAGAGGGGGACGUGUCUGUCCUCCUGUCCCCAAGGUUACUACGGCAUGCGCUCUCCCCAAAUAAGCACUUGCAUCAAGUGCAAGGCAGACUGCGCUUCCUGCUUCAGUGAAAACUUCUGCACACGCUGCCACCCUGGUCGCUUUCUUUUUCGUGGCAAAUGUGAAAGCAGCUGUCCAGACGGACUGACAGCCAGCACAAUGCUGCGGGAAUGCACAGAGUGCCCCGCAGAAUGUGAGCUGUGUGUUGAGAGGAACAAUUGCACAAGGUGCAGAGCAGACAUGUACCAGAUCCAUGGCCAGUGCAACCAAACCUGUCCCAGAGGUUUUGAGCCUGACGUCCAGCUCAUGCAGUGCAUCCCCCCAAUUCAUUGUGAAGUUGGAGAAUGGACGAGUUGGGGACAGUGUGUUCGGAAACAGAACACGACGGUCCACAGGAGGGGAGAGGAAACACGCACACGACAAAUCCUGCAUCCCCCAAGCACCUCCGGGGACCCCUGCCCUCACCUUGCAGAGAUCAGGAAAUGUGCAGCAAAAAAGAAGCAGAAAAUCAGAUUGGAAUGAACUGCGGAUGUAAAUUAUUAGAAACAUUCAAUCGUAUGCCACUUACCUCCAUGUUAAGGACUUUGUAAGAUCUCUACAAUUGAAUUGCUUUUCUUAAGUGUUCCAUUAAAAAGCUCAUUAAUUGUUGGUCCAUUUAGCUUUUUUUUAAAAAAAAAAAAAACAAAAACAAAAAAGAACAAAUAAUUAAAAAAAAGAAGUUCCUGGUAGAGAUUUGAUGAAAUCUCCUAUUUAUCAUGCUGUCAUCCAAAGUACUUCUUUUUUGUUCCUUUUUUUAUUUUUUUUUAUUUUAACAGUUUUAACUACAGCUUUUAUACAGUUCUACAAUAUGGACAAAUAAUGUAAAUGAAAUGAAAAAAGUGUGUGAGGAAUAAAUCUGAUCUUUGCAUGUGGAUGUUGCUCAAUUAGCUGUUUGAGCAUAACCAUUUGUUUUUUUUUUUAUAAUGUAAAAUGUUUUCCUGUAUACAGAUUUUUAUAUAUUUGACAGUCUUUUUUUUGUGUACAGUGUUUUCCACAUGGUGUUGUCUAACCUUAAGUGGGUAGGUCCUGCUAUUUCACAAAUCAUAAACCCAUCAGUGCUAUUUUGUAAUUUGAGAUGCUAUUAAAAAUGGAAAAUAUAUGACCACAAAACAUUUUUUCCCCUUAGAUAUCUGUUCAAACAUAUAGCAAUGGAGAUUAGCACUCACUUACCCUUUCUCCCAAGGAAGUUAAAUACAUGAACAUUCACGUGUAUCAGUUUUUUUGUUUGUUUUCUUGCAAUACAUAAGGUA